UUUUAUUUCUCCAUUCAUUCUCCUCUGCCGAUUACCCCUCUUCCUCAUUCCCGAUCUCCUCCUCCCCCUCUUCUCUGCGUCGCCACAGACCACCACGAAGGGGGAAGGUCGAGCCCUACCCCCGAGCUCUUCUCUUUUUCCUUAAUCUCCCACGACAUCUCCUCUCCUCUUUCCCCUUCCGAUCUCUCCUCUCCCUUCUCUCUACGUCGUCUCUGCCCAACGUCGUCGAUGCUGCUCAAUCGCCUGCGAGCUCAUUGCCGGCAGAGCACCACUUCGCUGAGCAGCACCGUCGUCUCCCCACGAGAAGACCACAUGGCGAUGUGGCAGAUUUGUCGUUGACAUCUCCUCACCUUCUGCGCUGGGUCUUGGCUUGUUGUCGCCACUCGAUCGAGCCAGCACUACUCGAUUGCCGGCUUAGGUGCGCAUCCAGAGUUUCGAGGCAAGCACAAACCGCCACUGGUUUCUUGACGGCCAUGAGCGAUGCCAUCAAACGUGGUGAGAGCUACCACUUGUUGUCUUUCCGGCUAUGCUGACCCAGUGAAGCAACCCAGUCACAGCCUCUGCUCUAUUUUGAUCAACGUCGCUGGAUGCUGUUGGAUGCAACCGAUCACUGGAUGUGGGUUGUUGUAUCAACAUCCAGAGCAUAGGAAAUCAAGGGUAACCAAGCAACAUAAUGAAGACUGUAAAAGUCUCUUAAGAUUAAUGGGUGUGCCUACUAUUGAGGCACCCUGUGAAGCAGAAGCUCAAUGUGUAGCUCUUUGCAAAAGUGACAAGGUAUUUGCGGUUGCCUCAAAAGACAUGGAUACUUUAACUUUUGGGGCACCAAGGUUUCUCCGUCAUUUAAUGGAUUCUAGUUCCAAAAAAAUCUCUGUGAUGGAAUUUGAAGUUUCAAAGGUCGGGCAAUUCGUGAGGCUUGAGUUUUUUUGAUGCAAGAAGUGAGCUUUGUUAGGAUGUAG